UGGAGAACAUCAACAAGAGUAGACAUGUCUAUGAUUUGUUCUUGUCAAAUGUCAAAACAUAGGUGUCAGAGUGAGAAUUUAAUACCGAUAUUGCUCUUAUUCGUCUCGUAAUUGGAUAACCGCUCAGCUUCAAUAUAAGUUGACAGUGAAAUCAGCAGGAUCGUUGGGCCAUCGUGCAGCCAUGGCAACGCAUCCUCCUUCCCUGCCACUGCGGGAGUUCUGUCCCCUGUACUACCUGCUCAAUGCCAUUCCCGCAAAAGUCCAAAAAGGCUUCCGCUCAGUCCUGGUCUAUCUCACUGCCCUGGACAGCAACAGUGACUACAUAGCUGUUGGAAGCAGCAUUGGCAUGCUGUAUCUCUACUGUAGGAGAGUAAGCCAGAUGAACAAAUACAACCUGGAGGGGAAAAGUGAGCCCAUCACUGUAGUGAAAUUGCUAAGCUGCUUCGACGAUCUUGUGGCAGUGGGUACGGCAUCUGGCCGGGUGGCUCUCUUCCAGCUCGUGUCACAGCUGCCAGGCAGGAAUAAACAGCUGAGACGGUUUGAUGUUAUUGGCCUGCACAAGAGCACAGUGACAGCAUUAGCAUGGAGUGCUAAUGGCAUGAAGCUCUUCUCUGGUGAUGACAAAGGGAAAGUGGUCUACUCUGCUGUGGACCUAGACAAGGGUGUGUGUAACCCUGUAGUGCUGUUGGAGGAGCCUUCAGCUAUAGUGCAGCUGGAGUAUAGUCAGAAAGUGCUCCUGAUUUCCACCUGCCAGCACUCCCUCCUGUUCAACACCCAAGAGCAGUCUCUGGUGCAGCUGGGCACCAAACCCAGAAAAAGCAAUGGCAGAUUUGGUGCCUGCUUCCAGCCGGCGCUGUGCAAGCAGAGCGACCUGCUGGUGUAUGCUGCGCGGCCAGGCCUGCGCCUCUGGCGGACAGAUGUGCGCGGCCGUGUUCAGGAGACGCAUGUCCUCAAGCCCCUCUUCAACCAAGCUGUGCCUAAGUUCCAGCUCUUCCCACGCUCCGUCCCUGCUGGCAGCUACCAGCCCACUGACAGACAGCUGGGCGUGGUGAGCUGCUUCCUCAAGGAGGGAUGGGUGCUCAGCUGGAACGAGUACAGUGUCUAUAUAGUGGACUGUACCAACCAGGUAAUCAUUGGCGGGCUGGAGAGUUGUGGAGACAUAGUGUCCGUGGCAUGUACAGACUAUGAAAUCUUCAUUCUGAAAGGCGACCGGGAUAUUAUGCGCAUUUCUAAUUGCCCUGAGGGACUGCUCUCCAAUAUGUCAGAAUUUUCCAUCCGCCUGACCUCCCCCCUCUCUACACCCACUAUCCUGCUUCCCCCCAAUGGCGCCGUGGAGACGGCCCAGCCAAUCCGGACCAUGCCCAUCAUCACCGAGCGAGAUGCGGGCCUCGGCCCUGAGGACGAGCGUGCCCCCGUGGACGAGUCUGAGGAGGUGAAGGAGGAGUUCAGUCAGGCACUGGAGGCCCUGGAGGUGGCUGACGAGGUGGAGGGCCAGAAGCGGGGGGCAGCUCUCACAGAUGAGCGGAGCCGCAGCAGCUCCAUCACAUCGUGGGAGAGCACACAGGGCUUCUCCACAGCCAGCACCACAGAGACAUCAGAGCUCUCAUCCAGCCGCUACAGCACUAUCACCCAGGAAGACUUCCAGCAGGAGCUGGUGGUCAAGCCAGUCAAGCUGAAGAGGAAGGGCAAGAGAAGACGUCAGGAAAGCGGGAACCUCGUCAAUGAACGCAGCAGCUGGUCGGAGAGCAUGCUCAGCCACGAUGGCCAGGCAAGCGAUGCCAUCCCCACCACACCCGCCAGCGAGCAACCCUCUGACCGCACCAGUCUCAUGUGCAGCAGCCUGGACCUCCACAGCACGGGUUCACCUGACCGGGACACCUCCGUAUGUGGAGAGCCACCCACCACUGACCUCUUCCCACCCCAGAACCAUCUGGAGCUCUUCCAGGGACAUGGGUGCAGCCCAGGCCCCAUUGGCCAAGAAACAGGAGCCCCAGCCCCUAGCCUCGCCUCCCUCCCGCUCCAGGACAUGGAGUGUGAGAUGUAUGGGGAGUUCGUCACUGAACAGCAGGUGGCAGCAACACCGGAUGUGGACAUGCUUCUGGAGUGCACCUUCUCCUAUGUGCAUGAGAAGGUGGUGGUGGAGGAUCCCAUCCUGGAUGCCAGUGGAACCCUGCUUGAUCUGGCGCUCCAACCUCAGUUAGACUCACAGGGGGACUUCGACCUGGACUUACCAUACGAUCCCAUCCGGCCCUUGGCCUAUUCCCCGGAGCCUGAGCCUGAGCCCUCUAGUGAGGAGGAGGAUAUAUAUGCGCAUGCAAUACCAUCCAGCACUAGUUUGGGGGACAGACUCAAUACCCUGACUCUUCAGGGCUGUGCCCCCAAGAAGGUGGAGCUGGAUGAGACCCGGUUUCACAAAGCAGAUCAGCUGGCCGAGAGCUGGAUGGGCUACAGCGGGCCUGGCUGUGGCAUCCUCAGCCUGGUAGUGACAGACCGGCAUGUUUGGUGCCUGGACUUCAAAGGAAGCCUGUACUGCAGUAGCCUUCCCAAUGGCAGCCUGAGCUGGCAGAAAUUUGAGGAGAAUGUCCAGCAGGUGGCGCUCUCCCCAUCAGGCUCACUGCUAUGGAAAGUGGAGCAGAAGACAAUGACUGCCUAUGCCUGCGGAAAGGUCACCAUCAAGGGCAAGAGACACUGGUACAAGGCCUUGGAUGAGACGGCCUUUGUAGCUCUCAGCGACGACACAGCCUGGAUCAUCCGCACCAGUGGAGAUCUUUACCUGCAGACAGGGCUGAGCGUGGACAGGCCAUGUGCGCGGGCAGUGAAGGUGGACUGCCCUUGCCCCAUGGCUCAGAUAGCAGCACGGGGCAGUGUGGUGUGGGCCCUCAGUGAGCAGAGAGCACUCUUCUACAGGGAGGGUCUCAGCAGCUACUGCGCCGAGGGUGAACAGUGGAAGUAUGACAAAAUCAGUGAGAGUCAGGGCCUGGAGUCCAUCUGUAUUGCCCUGGGCGAGAACGACACGCUGUGGGCCCUGGACACCAGCGGCAGUCUGUGGUUUCGUACGGGUGUCACAGCUAAGAAGCCUCAGGGCAAGGAUGAGCACUGGUGGCAGGUGAGCAUCACGGACUACGUAGUGUUUGAGCAAGGCGGCCUGUUCCAAAUGCUGAUCCAGGCCACCCAAAGCGUCGCCACAGUGACCAGGGCUCCAGUGGAGCGUGUGGCUGAGCGGCUGCGCGUGGCUUUCCUCUCGCCACACUCUCAGUGCCAGCCUAGCCUGGUCAGUGCAGGUAGCAGCGGCGUAUGGAUCGCCUCUGGACGUAACGACUUCCACGUGGCUAAGGGCAGCCUUGUCGGGACUUACUGGAGAGCUGUUGUACCCAGAGGAACAGCAUCUGCUACUAAGUGGGCCUUUGUUUUCUCAUCCGCUGUUCCAACCAAAGAGGGGAGUUUUCUCUGGCUGGCUCAGAGCAGAAAAGACCUCUUCUGCAUCUGGGACCAAGACCUCCAGAUGCGGCCCCUCACGGUCCAGCUCCCCCCGGACGUGGAGAUGGUCCAGGUGUCCGCAUGCAGAGAUGCGCUCUGGGGCCUGGACCACCUCAGCCGCGUACACAUCCGCACCUUGUCGGCCAGCUGCCCCACUGGCAUGCACUGGACACCCCUGGACCUCAGCCAGCUUGGUCACGUGAGGCUUCGGAGUUUUUCCUGCGGCAGCCAGAAUGUCUGGGCAUGUGAUGCUAAUGGAAUGGUUUAUUUCCGGGUGGGAACGCAGCCUCUGAACCCCAGCAUGAUGCUUCCAGCUUGGAUCUGCAUUGAGCCGCCGGAGCAGCCUCUGGGCGUGCACUUGGUGGUGGUUCACACAAGUCCUAAUGACCGGAUGUUGUGGGCCCUAGACAGCCGGGGCUGUGUGCAUGUGCGCACCGGCAUUACUGAGGAGAUGCCAGUGGGAACGGCCUGGGAGCACAUCCCGGGGCUCCAGGCCAGUCAGCUGGUGCUGAGCAGCAGAACUGUCUGGGUGCGCUGCUCUAAUGGUGAGGUGGCCCGCCGAUAUGGAAUCUCGGAUAAGAAUCCAGCCGGUGAUUACUGGAAGAAGGUACCAGGUCUGAUCAAUUGGCUUGCAGUGACUCCAAUGGAUGAGCUUUGGGCAGUUACUCCAGCUGGUGCUCUUACUCAGCGGCUUACUAAGACCCUGCCACACAACACCGGCAAAAACCAUGGCAACACUGGUUCUCUCAGCGGGGAGGAGCUCGAGGAGGAGUGGGAGGUCAUUUAGAGCCUUUAACUGAAACAAUUUGCUGGUACUUGUUCAUGUGUUAAAAAAAAGUUCUAUUAGUUUACUAGUGGGCACUUUAUUUGUUUUGUUUUUAACCUGUGUACAGAAGCAAAAGAGGACUGACUGACACUGCACUAUUCUGUAUUAGAACUUCUGACAGUUGGGGUUUGCAAGACGGUCUUAACAGGGUCAUUUUAUUUACUGUCUCAGUACAACUUGCGACUAGAAUAUUUGUUUUAUUAACCUGUUUUAACCAAACCUCAAUUUAUCAUUUUUUAUGUAAACUUGCAGGAUCAAUUAAUUUAUGGUUUUGAAGAGGCCUGGUCAGUAACCAAAUGCACUAAGAAACUUAAUAUGAAUAUAGCUCUGAUUAGUAUCUAUUGUAUUUAGAUAGUAUCUGUCACAACCUGGGACUAUAUUUAUUAAGUGCAUCAGAUAAAUAAGCAAAAAAAGCUUUGUCUGAGAAGUUUAUAAAGUGAUAUAUGGUUUUCACCUGAUGUAUAUGACAAAACAAGACUGAAAGUUUGUGAAAGGACACUGAAGAAAGUGGAAAGUUGUUUAUAAAUAACACUGGUUGAAUACUUGAUGUAAGUUAAAUGAUGUUAGUGUUUGGCACAUAUGUUGCACUUGUGUCAUAUACAGAGCAUGGUCUCUUAACUCCAUGUUAAUCAGAAUAGCAUUACAUACUGUAAUUUCUACGAUAAUAGAAAAUUUACAAGGACAGUUCGAGACUCAACUCAUUAAAUGAAAAAAAGAUGCAUUUUCUGUUUACAUUAAAAGUGCAUGGUGUCAUUUUUUUAAAUUAAGGUUUUGCUAAACAGAAUCAAUUAAUAGCUAUCAGAGAAUGGCUUUAAAUUAAAUUAAAUUAGAUUAAAAAACAGCAUAAGAGGCCUUGUUUAUGUCCUGGAAGUUGAUGUUCUGAAUUCAGUAAAGUAAUGAUCCUAGCCUGUAAAUAACAGAUGUUACCAUGGUGCUCAGCGGGGCUGCCUAGCUAAAUAAGUUUACAAUAAGUAAGUUUGCAAGUAAAACAAAUAAAUCAAUUCACUCA